CUGAAUCCAAACUCCAGCCCGGCUCGGCCGCGCUUUGCCGCUUCGCUUCCCGCCGAGCCAACGGGUAGACGCCGGGCCCCCGCCGCCGCCAGGUGACUGAGGCAACCGCCGGGCGGGCCGGGGGCGCCGGGAGUCGGGGCCCUGCAGACCGAGGGGAAAACUGCGGCACGGAGCGGAUCAGCUGGCCGCAGGCGCCCAGCGCGGAGGUUCUGACCUAUCAUGGAGCCUGUGUAUUUCCCCUCUGGGCACCAGAUGAAUCCCAGGAUCACUUCAAACAGAAUGGUGCCUCUCAGCUUUCCUCCGUCAAAGAGCAUGCUCUGGGAUCCAACCCCGAUGGGAGAUGUCAAGUAUUUACAUCUCAGUUACUACAGGAAUCCCAGACUUGUGGUGACUGAGAAGGCCGUGCGGCUUGCUUAUCGGCACGCUAAGCAGAAUGACCCAAAUUUGUCGUGUUUUUUGCUUGGGACUCUCUUAAUAGAUGAAGGUGAGGAGGGUGUGAGGCUGAAAAUAGACCGCUUUGAUCCUGGUCGGGAAGUGCCGGGAUGCCUCCGGAAAGUCCCCAGCGCUCCCCUGCCCGGAGACUUUGUGAUUCCAUGCACAGUGAACACGGAGGGACUCUGCCCUGCAGACAUGAUCAUCCACGACCCCGAAGACUUGAGCUCGGUCUUGAAGACUCUGCAGCAGCAUUUGGGCAGCAAAGACACCCUGGACCUCUGCAAGCUGCUCCCCUUGAGAGCUCACGUCACUUCCAGGGAGCACCUAGACAACCUGCAGUUUGACUUUCACUGGUCAGCAGUGACUCCAGCCAGUUCUUUUCGAUGCACACCUGUGAAGCCUCUCCCCAUUAUUCCAACAGCUCUGGCAAGAAACUUGAACAGUCACAUGAAUAUUGCUCAAAUUCAGGGGACCUGUAAGUGGGGGUAUCUUACAAUGGAUGAAACACGCAAGCUGUUACUGUUGCUUGAAUCAGACCCCAAGGUCUAUUCCCUGCCAUUAGUUGGAAUUUGGCUGUCUGGCAUCACUCACAUCUAUAGCCCCCGGGUGUGGGCGUAUUGCUUGCGCUAUGUGUUCAGUGCUGCAAUUCAAGAAAGGGUUUUUUCCGAAUCUGGGAGUUUUGUCAUUAUUCUCUAUUCCCUGACACACAAGGAGCCUGAGUUUUAUGAGUGUGUUCUCCAAAGUGGCCCGGGAAGUGAUCUCCGCUUUCAGCUACUAACUAACAAGGAAACCUCACAUCUUUUCAAAAAUGUUGAACCUUCCCAGAAGAGCUCUCUCCAGUUUGAACUGAGCUCAGAAAACCCAAGUGCGGAAGCAGCCUUCUUUAACCAAGUGUCCAGGAAUCAUGCCAUGAAGAGGGCUUCCCAGAAGGUAUCCCCAGGACAGCAGCUCUCUGUAAGCGACCACGAUUCUGGCGUGGAAGAUGAAGAUUUGUCACCAAGACCAGUCCCUAAUCCUCACCCAGUGAGUCAGAAGGUAUCUACCAUCCAUCCUUCAGUUCCCGAGCUCUCUCUAGUUUUGGACGGCAGUUUUACAGACUCAAGCCCACCGCCCAAUGAUAGGAAAAUGGCGAAUCGCAAACCCAGCCCUUCAUUUAUGCAGUAUUCGGGACAGAUGUACUCAUUCCCUCAGCACUGUGAGGGGCCACAGGAAGCUGAGGAACUUCUGGGGAGGCUUCCGAGUCACCCAGGCCCCGGAGCCCCUUCGUGGAAGGCACUCGGAGAAAAGCCGUCGCCUCCGCCCAGACAAACCGGCCCCCAACCCGGGAAUCCUGCAGGGCCGCUCUGCUCCUCUCCCCCGGCUCUCCCAGGGCUUCCUAAGCCAUUGUCUCCUGAGGCUUCAGGGCAUAAGCCAAAGCAGGACAGAGACGGCCGGCAAGGGGCCCUGCCCGCAGCAUGCCCUUCUCCACAGUGGCUCCCCCAUGGCUUUGCUCUUUCACCCCAGAAUUUUGGCAGACCCACGGAGCUUCAGGUGCCUGCCCCCCCAGCCCCCUCUUACUGCCCCAGCAGCGUUUGCAGCUGCUGUCAGCACCAUGGACAUGUGCAGUACGGUCCAGUAAAUGUGUGGUCGGGGAUCCAUAAGCACGUGCCCUUUCAGGAAGGCCAGGCCAAUGCUUUUCAGGAUGGCGCCUACCCCUUUCAUCUGAACGCCUGUCCAGCCGUGUGCCACAAUCCAGCAAGUUCUUCAGGCAGCCCUGGGAUCUUGCGACAGCCAGGGAGCAUGGGAACUUGUAGCGCUUUAGACCUAUCCCCUGUGGGCAGACUUGCCCCCUCGUCCGGCAGUCCACAGCCUUGCCCAAUGUGCAUGUCCACCCCCAAGGUGCAAGCUGAUGACGGAAUGAUGGGCCUCUCUCCAGACGCCUACCGCUUACUGAAAGAGCAGGACCGACAGCUGAAGCUCCUGCAGGCUCAGAUUCAGCGUUUGUUAGAAGCGCAGUCUCUUCACUCCUCCCCAAAGACAGCCAGUGUCGAUGGCUCCGUGCAGGCUGAGCAGCAGGUGGAGUUGGUUUCGAUGGAGACCCAAGCAUCUUCUGGCCUGCACCUGAAGGAGAGUGUGAGCAUCGCUGUGAGCACAGGAGCCAGCUUGUUUGGGGACUCGCCUGGUGAGAACCAUGAGCCUGCGGCUCCCCUGCAGCAGGAUGAUGACGAGGACUCCAAGCUUUUGAGUGAAGACAUCCAUUUGUCCGUGGAGAUCAAUAACGAAGGGACAGACCACACAAAUAGCUUGUCUUUGUUAAAAGCAGUUGAUAUUCCCAGUUUUGACGAGAGCAGCCGUGUUGCUGAAGAGACUCACCCAUCCUCAGCUUACUCCAGUGUUUCCUCUGCAGGAAGAAAGGAGCCAGACCUACCAGUGUUUCUUCCAAACCCCAUGUUGGGAGAAGGCAUUAGCGGGAGCUUACAGCCAGGACCCACAGAGGGGGCCAACAGCCAGUCCUCAGCCACUGCAGUGGGUGAACCCCAAGCUGAGUCAACCCAAGUGAGGGAGCCCUUGCUGCCUCUUCUGUUGGACAACCAGAAGUUUUGCCAGGAUUUAUUGGGUCCAGCAAACCACUUGUCAAAUAAUACUUCUGCCAAAGACACCGAGCCUGCAGUGACUCCUAGCAGUGGUGGCAGCAGGACCCAGAAUGCGGGUAAGGGGAAGACCAAGAGACCUGGCCCCCGCCGGCCGGACAAGGACAGCGUCCUUCAUGCCACCCUCGAGCAGCUUAGAAACCUUGGGGUAACCAUCGACUCCCCAAGCAAAAUGAAGAGAAGUGCACAGAAAGUGGAUCAAGCCAGUGUGCUAGCGUGCAUCAGUCCCGAAGCUGUCAUCUCUGGAUUAAACUACAUGUCCUUUACUAAUGUCGGCAUGAGUGGCAUAAGCCCCAGUGGGGUAGAUCUGAGCAUGGAGGCCAAUGCCAUCGCUCUCAAAUACUUAAAUGAAAACCAGCUGUCACAGCUUUCCUUCAGUCGAGCAAAACAAAAUCUGCUGAAGGACUCGUCCUUCAGCCUUCUCCAUAUCAACACAGACAAAAACAUGGUGGGACUUAGUUUGAUCUCACCAAACAUGUCGUUUGCGACCAGAAAAUAUAUGAAGAGGUAUGGACUGAUACAAAGCAGUGACAGUAGUGAGGAUGAGGAAGAGAUUCUGAAUAGGACGGAAGACAUGAAGAGUGAACAUUCACUGGAUCAGACCUUGGCUUCUGGCCCUGACCAGUUUAGCCCUGGGAAAGGCUGUGAAAUUCUAGAUUUUAAAUGCUACAACCAGGACGUGGUGAGUGCCCACUGGCAGCCAAAGCCUGGGAUGCCUAUGCUAAGAGACAUCACAAAUGAAGUGGCCCAGCCAAGAGCCGUACCGUCACCUGAGAAUGAUUCCUCUGCCUUUAUCCUGAGAGACUUGAAGAAGAACCCCUCAUUCAAGUUACUGACUGGCAGGCCUGAGUUUACUCAGCAUCCCAAGAAGGAAAAUCAAAGGGACAUUCAGGUAUUUCCUGAAAGCUUGCAGCCUUCUGACACUCUCCGAGAGAUGAAUAGCAUGAAUUCAGUGGGCACGUUCUUAGAUGUCAGUCGUCUCAGGCAGCUGCCCAAACUGUUUUAGGGAUUUAUGUAGCUGCCAAACCUUUCCUAGGUUGGGGCGGAGUGCUGGUCCGAAGGGCUGGCCCUUGGGGAGAAUGAAGUAGGUGGUGGAUCAGGGAGCCAAGGUGGUUCCAGAACCUUCUCAAGCCCAGAGGCCUGAGCCAGUGGUCUCACUACCCUGGAAGUGGCAGCUGCUGGGGACAGAGCACUGGCUUCUGAGGAGGGGCCCUGCGUAGUCACAUCCAGAGUGACAGAGAGGGAACGCUCACUUGGUUGAAUGCCCUUGGUCCAACUUUUUCUUUCAUCAGAUAUGCUGGGAAGGAAAAUCAUUUUAUCCAAUGUCUUGGUAAAGGUUGUUUACUGUCACCUUGUGUUAAAGUUGUUUCAGUCUCAGCUAAUUCCCAUCUCUGCCCUGAGUUACUUUGAAAGCAUCAUGAAAUAAAGGGAUCUCAGACUAGGAAAGAGGAUCAGAAUUAACCCCUGGAGAGCUGGGGAAUUCCGCUUGUUUUUUUUAUCUGAAAAUACAUUUUAUUUAAGGACCUUCUUUCUGUCUCCUCUUAAUUGGAAUGCUCAUUUGUUAAAAAAAUCGAGGCAGUUAAACUACUGGGGUCCUCCUUGGUGGAGGCUCAUGUGACAUCUCUUCAAUGUGUCACUCUAUUUCAGUCAUUCAUUUAUGGUGCGUGUGCUUUGUAGACUUGGGAGUGAGUUUUUCAAGUGUUUGAACAUUUUUGCGUAACUUAAUAAAAAUAUGCAGGCUGUCUGC